UAGCUAGGCCUAGGGUUUUAAGGAAUUAUGGAUGGAGCGAGGCGAGGGCGCUAGGUUGCGUCGCGAUGUGGCUAUGCCUGGAGCAUUUCUACUCGGGAAUUCAGCACGUACUAGCGCUGCUCUCGCGAUGCUUCGAGCACAAGCGCGUGGAGAGGGAGGAUUCCGAGUCGAUUGCACGGGAUACCAAUUUUAGCGUCAGCGAAGUGGAAGCGCUGUAUGAGCUCUUUAAGAAGAUAAGCUGCGGUGUGGUAGACGAUGGUGUGAUCAACAGGGAGGAAUUCAAGCUUGCUCUAUUCAAGAGCAGCAGGAAAGAAAGCAUAUUUGCAGAUCGGGUGUUUGAUCUCUUCAACGUCAAGAAGAACAAUGUUCUCGAUUUUGGAGAGUUUGCACGGGCUCUCUCUGUAUUCCAUCCAAAUGCUCCCAUGCAAGACAAAGUCGCAUUUGCGUUUCGUUUGUACGAUUUUAAGCACCAAGGCUACAUCGAUCGCGGCGAGGUGAAACGAAUGGUAGUAGCGACGUUAGCGGAGUCCGGUAUGAAUCUAUCGGACGAGGUCGUGGAGAACAUAAUAGAUAAGACGUUCGAGGAAGCGGAUACCAAAAGGGACGGCAUGAUUGACGAAGAGGAGUGGAGCAACCUUGUACAGAAGCACCCCUCUUUGCUCAAGAACAUGAGCCUCCUCUACUUGAAGGACAUUACGACUACGUUUCCAAGUUUUGUAUUCCAUUCGCAAGUCGAAGAUACAUAGAAAGGAUUCUAAGAUAAUUCUUUUCGAUAUGACAUUAGAUUGGGGUAAGUUUCCAGAUCUGAUAUUCAAUUCCUAUAAACUUGAGAUCGUGUUCUUCGGUGCAA